AUGGAGAGUCCACCUGGGACCCAGGGAGUGGACUGGGCCUUCACAGGACCGCCGCUGGGGCUGCUGGCACAAGGGCACGCUGGUCCCUGCCAGCGCCCAAACAACUGUUUUAACAUGGCCAGACUUCAUGCUGGCUCUCUUGUUGCCGUGCAGUUUCAAAGUGGCCGAGUCACCCCCCCACGGAGAGCCCCGUCCCCCGACGGCUUCUCUCCCUACAGUCCCGAGGAGACGAGUCGGCGCGUGAACAAGGUCAUGAGGGCCCGUCUCUACCUGCUCCAGCAGAUAGGACCCAACUCGUUUCUCAUUGGUGGAGACAGCCCCGACAACAAGUACCGUGUUUUCAUUGGCCCACAGACUUGUAGCUGUGUCCGAGGAGCCUUCUGCAUCCAUGUCCUGUUCGUCAUGCUCAGGGUUUUUCAGCUGGAGCACUCCGACCCUCUGCUCUGGAGAAAGACGCUCAGGAACUUUGAGGUGGAGAGCUUGUUUCAGAAGUAUCACACCCGGAGAAGCUCCCGGAUCGAGGCCCUGUCUCGCAGCACCUCCCAAAAGACUGUGUCAAACUCCCCCAGCACAAGUACAUCAGGCAUUCCCAUCCCCACUAACGAAAACGGUUUGAAGAAUGAGGAGGAGCAGAUGUGUCCCAUUUGCCUGUUGGACAUGCUGGAUGAGGAGAGUCUAACGGUGUGUGUGGAGGGCUGCAGGAACAAACUUCACCACCAUUGCAUGUCCAUUUGGGCAGAGGAAUGUCGGAGAAACCAAGAAAGCCUUAUCUGCCCGCUGUGUAGAGCCAAGUGGAAGUCUCACGAUUUUUGCAGCCUUGAGUCCUCGGUGUCUAGCGAGGCUUCCUCAGGCCAUAAACAUUCCCAACCGUCAUCAUCCUCCUUUCAAAAUGUCCACCCUGGGGCUUCCUCACAAGAAGGGCCGUUCAGCCUUCCCAACUACACCGCUCAACAGAUACCUCAGUCAUACAAAGAGCUGGCUGAGCCAUGGAUUAAGGUGUUCGGGAAGGAACUUGUGGAGUACCUGUUCUCCCGAAACUGGAACAUCCGGGAGAUGGCCCUCCGAAGCCUCGCGCGGGACGUCAGCCGGUCGCUGGUCCUGGCCCACGCCGAGCGCCAUCCCGGGGCGGUGCAGGGAGCCACGGCGACCAGGAUGGGCCAUGGUCCCACUCCGAUGUCACGAGACGUGGUGCUGAGGUCCUGCUGCAGUGUCCUGUCGAUGGUGUGCGCCGACCCCGUCUACAAAGUCUAUGUGGCUGCCGUGAAAACCUUGAGGGCUAUGCUGGUGCACACCCCGUGCCAUUCGGUCUCUGAAUGUGCGAGCCUACAGCAGCUUCUCCAGCCCGUCAUGGAGACCAUCCUGGUGAAGUGUGCAGAUGCCAACAGUCGUACCAGUCAGCUGUCAGUAUCCACUCUUCUUGAAUUGUGCAAGGGCCAAGCUGGAGAGUUGGCCACGGGAAGAGAAAUCUCCAAAGCAGGUUCUGUCGGUGUUGGCGGGGUGGACUUUGUGCUGAACUGCAUCAUGGGGAUUCAGACGGAGGCUAAUAACUGGCCAGGUCUCCUGGGACGCUUGAACCUGAUUGAAAGGCUCUUGUUGGAGUUCCCAGCUGAUUUCUAUCCACACAUCAUCUCCGGAGGAACGUCCUCCAAGCAGACUCAAAACAUUGUCGAGCGGUACCAGAAGCUGCUCCCUUUGCUCAGUUUUGCCCUAAAAUCCAUCGAUAACUCACACGCAAUGGUCGGGAAAAUGUCCCGCCGUGUAUUCCUGAGCGCGGCACGAAUGGUGACCCACGUGCCACAAGUCUUCAUCAAGCUCCUGGACAUGCUCAGUGUCACCAGCUCCACCCACAACGCCCGCAUGCGUUGCCGCCUUUUGGCGAUGGCCGAGGAGAUGGACAUCUUGGAUCAAAUUAACAUUGACCCUCAGAGCGUGGACAGAAUGAGCCUGGGACAGGAGCAGGCCGGUGGCGCUCUCUUUAAACCCUCUGCACUACAGAACAAACUCGACGUCUCCAUGACCGGACACACUCUCGUUGGCAAGGUGGGAGAAUGUCACGAGGAGACCAUCACGGAGAAACUAGCUGCCACGUCUCUCAGCGGAUAUCACAACAAGCUCUCCAUCGCCACCAUUGGUGGCUUCCAAGCCGGGAACCAAAAGCCUUCAGCUCAGAUGGGAAACAGUCUCCAAGACCACCGUCUGAACGGCCUUACCUCAAAUCCCACGUGUCCUCUUUCUUUAAGUUCCACGUCUCAAGCCCCCUUGUCCUACUUUAGUCCCAGCAAGUUCCCUGCCGCGCUCCCUCCUUCCAGCCAGCUUUAUAAACCAAAGUGCUCCCACGCGGGCUCCGCCUCUUCCGUGCACAAGGCCUGCCCGGCACCCCCUGUCUCGUGUAAAGACGAGAUAGAGCUGGUUCUGCACUGCGCCGACCAGCACACCGACACCCUCGGGACGAGGAGCGUCGACAACACCGUCGUCAUGAACGAGGAUGUGUGUUUCAUUCCGGUUCAGGAGGACCUCUGUCCCUCGGACACCGUGGUGGACCUCCACACGUCCUUGAAGGACGUCCUCGGUUUUGAUCUGUCGAUGUCGGGGGACGCGCUCCGCUCGGGGUCGACGGUCUUUGCCCCGGUACAGCGAGACAAGCAGGACUCUAACACGUACGGUGACCACGUGUCCGAGAGUCAGAAGUGCAAGGCGAAGAUCGAGGCGGAGGAAGAGGAGGCCUUAACCUUGGUGAUGGAGAUGUCGAAAUCCCAAGACGCCCUGCCCAUCAUUCCUCAGCUUCAAGUUGAAAAGGACGGCGACAUCAUCAUCAUGCAGACCCCAGGGACUCUGACUGGCCAUACCAAAGCAAAGCAACCCUACAAAGAGGGCAACGAGUGGAUCAAGGGUCAGCAGAUUGGCCUGGGGGCCUUCUCAUCCUGCUACCAGGCCCAAGACGUCGACACUGGCACCCUCAUGGCGGUUAAACAGGUGACCUACGUGCGGAACACGUCCUCUGAGCAGGAGGAGGUGGUGGGGAUCUUGAGGGAGGAGAUCAGAAUGAUGGGCCAUCUGAAUCACUCCAACAUCAUCCGUAUGCUGGGCGCCACCUGUGAGAGGAACAACUACAACCUCUUCGUGGAGUGGAUGGCCGGGGGAAGCGUGUCUCACCUGCUGAACAAGUACGGAGCCUUCAAGGAGACUGUGGUCAUCAACUACACAGAACAGCUGCUCCAAGGCCUUGCAUACCUCCACGAAAACCAGAUCAUUCACCGCGACAUCAAAGGGGCCAACCUGCUCAUCGACAGCACUGGGCAGAGGCUGCGGGUGGCCGAUUUUGGCGCGGCUGCCCGCCUUGCAUCAAAGGGGACGGGGGCGGGGGAGUUUCAAGGCCAGCUGCUGGGAACCAUUGCCUUCAUGGCUCCUGAGGUGCUUCGGGGGCAGCAGUACGGCCGGAGCUGCGACGUAUGGAGCGCCGGCUGCGCCAUCAUCGAGAUGUCCUGCGCCAAGCCCCCCUGGAACGCAGAGAAACACUCCAACCACCUGGCGCUCAUAUUCAAGAUCGCCAGUGCGACCACCGCCCCGUCGAUCCCACCCCAGCUCUCCCCGGGGUUAAGAGACGUCACUCUGCGCUGUCUGGAACUGAAGCCCUCUGACAGACCGGGCUCCAGGGAACUGCUCAAACAUCCCAUAUUCCGGAGAAACUGGUAGCACCCUUUUUACACAUUUCAACUGAACAUUUACACGGCACAUCGUUAUCGCUCUAGGUUAGAUUUGUUCAACGGGCCUUUCGUCAACACAAGUUUUAAGGUGCAACUAAAAAAAAGUCUAUUUUUGGAGGUUUCAAAUAAGAUGUUAUUGAAACAUUGUGCCUACUGUUAGGUGUGCAGUUUUGGUAAACUGUAGGUGGUUGUUACAAUAAUUGGAGUACAAAUUUGUCUAUUUUCAUAAAUAUUUUAUAUAAAUCCUAGUUUUAUUUUUGGUAGAUACUGGAGAAUGCGCAAGAUUGUAAUUAAAUGCAUUAUCAAGUCUAGAAACCAUAGUUUGCGCUUCAUAGAUGAAUUGAGGCAUCCUUAUGGGGUAGCUUUAUGGUUACACAAACACACACACAUAUUUCUUUCUGUGUGUAAAUCAGUUAUUUGUCAAUGAAUGAAUUGUAUGCAAUCAUUUAUACUUUAAAUGCAUUCAAUAUGCAAAUAGACAGAACUGAAACCACUUCACAUAUUAAGUUGUCAAACGAGCGACAACGUUUUUUUUUUUUUUUCAAUGUUUAGCCAUCUGUCUUUAACUGGUACUGUUUGGCCAGAGUUUUAAGCUUUUUUUUUUCCUCAAUCAUUUCCGUUAUUGUUUGCCUUGCUACCGUGGUAGCAUUGUAGUAACCAAGAAGAACUGUUAAGGAAACCAUAUAUGUGGCAAACAUUAGGAUGCUGCCCACAGGUGACUGUUGGGCACGUUGAAGCCAAAUGUAUACAUAUGUAUUCUUAUAAAUGUACUCUUAGUGUUUGAGGUAGAGAACUCUGUUUCAAGCAGACUUAUCUGGCUGUGCCUGUAUGCUCUAUAAUCCUUAAGUUCCUCAUAAAUCUAUUGUAUUGGUGCUUUAUGCUGAUAAAAUGUGAUGCUUCAUUCUAAUAUUUUUUAUUAAGAGUCUAUUUUUCAUUUAGUAUUAUUUGCAAGAGGCGUAUAAAAAAAAUGAUACAAUAUUUUAAUCGGGGAAAAGGAUUUUCUUAACUUAUUUCUAGUUCUUGAUGCUGUCAAUCAUUACAGCAUCCACGAAACACUACUGAGACAUGAGUGAUAGCAAAGAUACAAAUCUAUAUAUUUUUUUUCCUACAAAUUAUAAAAUAUCUUUAAUUUUCUUCCAUACACUUAUGUGGCGUAAUGUGUGAUUGUUUUUUGUGUAAAUAUUUUGGAUGUGUUGGAUACCUAGCAUAACUUCUAACGGUAAGAUUCCUACCGGGGAUACUCACUGAGGUUGGAUUAAAGUUAAUAUCGUACCUUUUGAAUUGAGAGAAUCACGGGUAUGUAGAACAUAUGGAUAAUGAAUAUAAUUUUGACUGGACUAUCCUCUUGAAUUGGAUUUAAGAGUAUUCCAUACUUGUAUGAACUAUACAAUUUUUUAAUUAGGAUUUGGAAUAUGUGGAUGUCAUUGUUUUACUUACAUUCCACUCUUAUUACAAUCAGACUUUCAAUAUAUAGUACGUGUCUCAAAUUAUUUGCGUGAUGCCUUUCUAUUUUUUAUUUGAAGUUUGCAAACUUUAAAAAAAACAUUUCAAAUAAAACACAAGAUGGCGCCUAACACAGGUUAUGCAACUUGUAUUUCUGCACAAAUCUAUGCGAGAAGAUUUUACUUGUCAUAGUUUGUGUGGAAAAUGAACCCACAAUUAUCUUUAGUUUUUUUAGAAAUGAACUGGAAAAGAAAUGUCAAGUAUUAUUUACAUUUUUUUGAUCAUUACUCGUAUGUAAAACCUCAACGUGUUUUCUAAACCUCCUUUCUCCGUUGCUUUCAGUCAAAUUGCUUGUCCAUGGUUGUUUUUAUUAUUAAUAUUCUAUUCCUAAAUGUGAUGCAUUUCUGGGUCAUUUUUGCCCCGAGCUAGAUUGUAUUGAGAAAAAAAAUCAUUCAACUACUGGACUACCAUUGUGUGGUAUUUUUUUAUAUUAAACAUAUUGUUGUUUUUUUUAUUGGUUUUGACUACCUCAGGUUUCAUAUAAAGUCUACCAAAGUUCUUUGUCACUUCAAUUGCUUUCAUGUAUGUUCAAACAUGUGUGUGGGGUAUUUUGUUUAAAAUAUUUACCAUUUAUUAAUACACUAACAACUGUAUUUUUGUCGUUGUUCGGACACGUUAUAUCUUUGAUGGGAGACACCAAAUGAAUGGGACCCUGUAUCGACAACUUAAUUUUUUUGUUUAAUAUGAAUGUUUUUAAAGUGCCCAUAGCAGUUUCAUGAAGGGGGGAAGUACGUACUGAAAAGCAAGUCCAUCACAACAAAAUAUGUCUUAUGCCACUGAAAUUUCUUUCAUCAUCUUUUGAGAAUGAGUUCUAUGAAUUGGCAUUGCCACUGGCCAAUGAGUUUGCCAGUGCAAAAAUAACCUAUAACAUUAGAUAAGGCAGAGAGGCAUUAAAAUGUUGCAAAAAAGUAAUCGUUAUUACUAUAUCCAUUUUAUAGCUAUUCCUUUUAUUGUAGGACAUUUGUCUAGUCCAUAAUUUUUCUGGUGCAGGUAAAGCUGGCAAAGGCAAUUUCCUGUGAUUUUGAUGAUCUCAUGUGAUGUGAUGUAAUGACAAAUACAUAUUUAUAAUUGUGUUAAUUAGUUUAAUAUGGUUUUAGUUACACCAUCGUUUCCUUAACAAAUAUACACAUGGUUUACCCCACUUUAGGGAAGAUACCACUGUAAUAGAACCAAACACUUUUACUGUUCUGUCUUCAGUUACUAUGUUAUGGUUUUAGUCCAAAAAAUGUGUAUUGCCAUGUAUUCAAUAAAUAUUUUAUAGAACCAUUCCCCCUUUGGCUUUGUGUUUUUUGCUUAUGUUUGAUCAAUCCAAACAUUAUCGAAGUCCUAAUUUGUUAGGAAUUACAAUGGUCGCACUUGCAACAGAUUUACAGUAAUUGUAAAUAAGAAUGAGGCUGACAAGUUGGCUGUCGGUUUCUUGGUGCUAGUAAAUGACAACGGGGCGUCCAUUGUAGGUGCUGUUCUGGGGGCAGAUCAUUCCCCACUCCAAUUGCCCCUGGCAUCAUUCGAAUGUUGCCUUUAUAUACACGAUUAUGAAAUGUACUGGAAGGAAGCCAGUAAAAAUUAUGAACAAUUGCACUAGCUUGGUGCAUCAAUUUACAUUCACAACCCGCUUCUUAGAAGUGUACACAUUGUUCCAGAAUU